AUGUGCUACUACGGCGGAUUCUAUGGAGGCCUGGGCUACGGCUAUGGUGGCCUAGGCUAUGGCUGUGGCUAUGGUAGCUAUGGUUAUGGCUGCUACCGCCCACUGUGCUAUAGAAGAUACUGGUCUUAUGGCUUCUACUGA